AUGCAUGAUCAUGCCUUUGUCAUUAUCUUAAGUUCUCAUCGCCAACGUUCCCUUUGCAGGUAUGUGUUCGUUGACAUCGGUAUCGAUUUGGCACAUUUUAUUAACAGUUUGAGGGAUAAUUUCGAAUCAACUCUGCAUUUGGCCUUAGUCUCUACAAUCCAAUUCGUGACUAGUCUUCAGGCGGCCAAAACAGCGUUGGAAAAAAUCGGGUUCAAAAUCACCAUUCCUCAGGUGGCUCCGUUGUCUCCCGGUGAAGUGUUGGGAUGUACAUCACCCAAAAUUCAAAACGCUGAUGCGCUGAUUUAUCUCGGUGACGGCCGCUUUCAUCUGGAGUCCGUGAUGAUCGCCAAUCCGUUGUUACCCGCAUACCGAUACAAUCCGUAUGACAAAUCGCUUACACACGAACAGUACGACCACACUGUGAUGCGCUCACGACGCAAGGCCGCUGUGGAUGCCGCUAGGGAAGCCAAUUUUUUCGGUCUUAUUUUGGGUUCCCUCGGCAGGCAAGGUUCUCCAGUGGUUCUCCAGAGACUGCAAAAUCGUUUGACUGAACUGGGCAAACGGUUUGUGGUCGUCGUGUUGUCUGAAAUCCUUCCAAACAAACUGGCCAUGUUCGAGGACCAAGUCGAUGUGUGGAUACAGGUCGCUUGUCCUCGACUCAGUAUCGACUGGGGCACAGAAUUUCCCAAACCUCUGCUUACUCCGUUCGAGGCAGCUAUAGCUCUGGACAUGACGGAGCAACAGAUCGAACACAACACAGUCUACCCAAUGGAUUACUACGCUUUGGGAAGCAUUGGUCCAUGGACACCGAACCACCCAGAAAAAUCGGAACGUAUCAUUAAUGUGUACCAAUGCAAAUGUGAUAUGAAUGCAUUUUCUUAUUCUUUUUUAUCACCAUCCAUCGGGACAGUUAUUCACCUCAAAUGGUCAUUGAAUUUGUACAACGAACUAUGGUAGUUUCCUGGUAACCUUAUGUAUACCAUCGUGGUAUGCAUGGACCUUUCAAUUUUGAGAAAACAAGCACUGAUAGAUGCGCGCAUUUCGUAUUUCCUGAUCAGUGCCAAUACAAUAUAGAAAAAAAUUUGAGCCCUUGCUUCGUACA